AUGAUCAGAAAAAUCGAACGGGCUAAGCUGAAGCCGAUGAAACAGUGGGCAACGUCCCCCAAGACGGAUCUUGGAGCCACGGACGGAGGGAAACGCCUCCAAGAUUACCGUGACACUUACAGAGUCGUCACGUUUGAUCCGGCGGUCCACAAUUCGCAGGACAUUGGGACUUAA